CCGGGGGGCGCCGCCGAGAGGCAGACAGAGCUGGGUCGACCGCCUGCGGUUCAGCGCCGAUCGUGCCGUGUAGUCGGUCUCCGCGUACCUCCACCUCUGCCCAAGCUCCCGCAAAACUUUUAUUCUCUGGGGUCCCCCGGGUGUGUGAAGGACUCGGAGCCCUCCGUCAGCUCAGCGCUCCCCUACAGCGGCGGCCGAGGGGACUUGCAUCCCUUGCCCGCCGGCUCUCGCGCCCCGCGUUUCCUCACCUGCUGCUCUCUCCCCGGAGCCGCAAGGGGCACCCCCGGAGGGACCGUGCAGGAGCCGGCGCCCCGAAGUCUCUCGCCUACCGCAGCGGACCCGCCUGGCCACAACUUUAAGUUGAUUCCUCUCGCCAAGCCCGGGUACCCGCGGCGGCUGCUGCUACUGGGCGCUGUCGUGUCGGCCGCCGCCGCCUCACAAAGGGGUACAGGGAAGGGAGGCGGCGCAGGCAGCGGGCACCGGCGCCCGUGCGCAGGGAGCGAGCUUAGGAGCAGCGGAGGCGAGGAGACAAAAGGAAAACUGCCUGGGCUCGCAGUGCCCGCUCGGAGCAGCCUGCUCGCCCGCCUCUUGUUCAGUUCCGCACGCCUGUCCCUCCACCCUUGGCUGCUGCUCCGCCUCCCUCCCCGCGAGCGGUCCCCGCAGUGUUCCGGGACCCGGCGAGCCUUCGGGGCGCGCAUUGCUACUGGUGGUUGGGGCUCUAGCGAUAAUAAAUGAUAGAGGAUACAAUGACUUUGCUGUCUUUGCUGGGUCGCAUCAUGCGCUACUUCUUGCUGAGACCCGAGACGCUGUUCCUGCUGUGCAUCAGCUUGGCGCUGUGGAGUUACUUCUUCCACACGGACGAGGUGAAGACCAUCGUGAAGUCCAGUCGGGACGCUGUGAAGAUGGUGAAGGGCAAGGUGGCGGAGAUCAUGCAGAACGAUCGGCUCGGGGGGCUCGACGUGCUCGAGGCCGAGUUUUCCAAGACCUGGGAGUUCAAGAGCCACAACGUGGCUGUGUACUCCAUACAGGGCCGAAGAGACCACAUGGAGGAUCGCUUCGAAGUCCUCACGGACCUGGCCAACAAGACGCACCCGUCCAUUUUUGGAAUCUUCGACGGGCACGGGGGCGAGACUGCAGCUGAAUAUGUAAAAUCUCGACUCCCAGAGGCCCUGAAACAGCAUCUUCAGGACUACGAAAAAGACAAAGAGAACAGUGCACUGUCUUACCAGACCAUCCUUGAACAGCAGAUCCUGUCAAUUGACCGAGAAAUGCUAGAAAAGUUGACUGUGUCCUAUGAUGAAGCAGGCACAACCUGUUUGAUUGCUCUGCUAUCAGAUAAAGACCUCACCGUGGCCAAUGUGGGCGACUCACGUGGGGUCCUGUGUGACAAGGAUGGGAAUGCUAUUCCUUUGUCUCAUGAUCACAAGCCUUACCAACUGAAGGAAAGAAAGAGAAUAAAAAGAGCUGGUGGUUUCAUCAGUUUUAAUGGCUCCUGGAGGGUCCAGGGCAUCCUGGCCAUGUCUCGGUCCUUGGGGGAUUAUCCACUGAAAAAUCUCAAUGUGGUCAUCCCUGACCCAGAUAUCCUGACCUUUGACCUGGACAAACUCCAGCCCGAGUUCAUGAUCUUGGCAUCAGACGGUCUCUGGGAUGCUUUCAGCAAUGAAGAAGCUGUUCGAUUCAUCAAGGAGCGCUUGGAUGAGCCUCACUUUGGGGCCAAGAGUAUAGUUUUACAGUCAUUUUACAGAGGCUGCCCUGACAACAUAACAGUCAUGGUGGUGAAGUUCAGGAAUAGCAGCAAAACAGAAGAGCAGUGAACCCUUCAAGGGUCUCAGCUGCCUUACACUAAAGGACUUUCAACACACUGGUCUCUUUUUAAUGUAGUGAAAGGUGUGGGAGUUAUAAUUAGGAUCAUCCAUACCAGGCAUGGGUUUCCCCCUCCCGGGUGGUCUUAGAUCUAUAUUCAGUGAUGAACAGAGGGUGCUCUCAGCCAGUGUAUUUGAGAAGCUGGAAAAUGGUUUCUUCGUGUUUCCCCAACAGUUCAUGCAACGUUCAAAAUAUAUAAAUAUAUAGCUGUAGAUUCACUCGUAUGACGUGAAUGGCAUAGGCCCCAUAUAUCUCCCUUUGAAGAUUCUUUUAAAGAUCCCUUGCAGGGUCCUGCAGGCAUCAGACUUUGUGUCUUCCCUUUGGAGGAGUGGGCUGGGCUGGCCUCCCAGAGCUACAGGAGGCAGGCUGCAGCAUCACCUGUGAGUCAGGAGUUGAUGUGCCAGCACCCUUUGCCAAGAGGCAGGGCUGCCCUGCGAACAUCUUUGUCAUCCUGAGCCUGGGUUUUCUGCUCAGCAGCAGCCCAGAAGCGUAUUUGGAAUGGUUUAUUAUUCCUUGGCUGCUCUUGGAGACUGAGGGAAGUGGGGAGGAUGGGAGAUCAGUGGCAGCUGCCUUCACAGCAGAAAUCACCCUCUUCCCUGGCACCUUUUAUGAGUUAAAUAGACUGUGUGUACCACCUGACCAGCCUUUGGGCGUUUAUCCUAAUCAUGCAUGAAUGACCUUAAUAACCUUUUGCUUACGCCUUACCUUAUAUAAUAAAAACAAACAAACAAACAAACUAUUGCCGACUCAUAGCAAUCCUACAGGACAGGGUAGAAUUGCCCCAUAGGGUUUCCAAGGAGCAGCUGGUGGAUUCAAACUGCUGACCUUUUGGUUAGCAGCCGAGCUCUUAACCACUUCACCACCAGGACUUCCCUUUAUAGUAGGCAGCUGUUAAACUUGCACCACCAGACAAUUUUUUGUUGUCUAUUACCAAGAAACCAUAUUAGGAGAAUUGAGAAAAAGCAAAUCGCAGUAGGGUAUUCAGCCAUAAUUCCUUCCACCCAUAAGGUAGACAGAUGAAAAAGAAUGCUGAGUGAGUCACAAUGCCCCUUGGGAAUUCACUGUUUGCAUUGUAGAGAAAGAUGUGUGCUGGUGAGGUUGCCACCCUGAAUU